CGCUACCGAACGCCGGUGCGGUGUGUACGGCCUGGUCGAGACGUCCCGACGCGUCCGUCCCAGUCCGACCUCUCGCCGCGGUCGCCGGUCGCUCGUUCCAGGGGACGCGCGCGCAGCCCUUCGCGCCCUGCCCUACGCCGCCCGCAUCUUUCCGUUAGGCCGGCGCCCCUAUUCGCUCGCGAUACCCCGCUCCAGCGGAAGGAAACUGCCGGGGCACGGCGAGAUGCGACGGGCUCGCUCCUGAACCCGCGCGUCACCCUGCCGACGCGGGAAAGGGCGCCCUUGGUGCCGGAUUUUGAAACGCCGCUCCUGGAGAGGAACAUCAUGCACGGGAUGUGGAAGAUCGUCGCCCUCUGGCUCGCCGUUGCCCUCGUCGUCUACGCGCGUGCCGACGAGAAUGAUGAUCUGGUCUUCGAUCAAGACCUCAGGCAAUCGGUGGUCGAAGUCCCUCUGAUCGAGAAGCAAACCGAGGACUCGAUAUUCCACCGAAUAAAGAGAGGAUUAUUUGAUUGGUUCAAGCCUGUGACGGAAACGCCGAAAGUAACGACGACUGAAGAACCACCAGCGAUGACAUAUCCACCCACGACAGAAGAAGAAGAGGAAGAUGAUCGUGAAAAAAACCUGCCAGUUGACGAUCCACUGAAUUAUCUUCACUCUCGGAAUAGUAACUCUGGAAACGAGUCGACGAGUGUUGGAUCUUCAGCUCCGAAAUCCGAGGCUCACACGUCCAGAGUCCCUCGGGAAAGUGGCGAGGAAAAUCAGGUCGACUCGGAAAACCCUGGGGCCAAAAAUGGAGACAGGCAUUCCGAUAUCGGGGAAGUUGCCGAAGGACGAAGAGUUGCCUCGAAUUAUCCUGACGACGAGGAUUUCCCUGGCUCGGGCGAGGUCGAAGGAAGCGCCGUGGACCCCGAAUUAAAUGGGAGACAUGGACCUCAUACAGAAAUUCCUAGGACAGGUGGAAAAGCUCAGUUUUAUAGGGUCACGUUGACUGUCAGUGAGCCUUACAGAAGAGAGUAUGCCGAUAGAAAUAGUCAAGAGUACAGGGAAUUAAGUGCAAACUUGACACAAGCUCUGGAAAACUUGUAUGCACUUCGCGUCCCGGAUUACAAGCAUUUCGCCAGUGUCGUCAAAAUCUCACCGACCUCGGAUGCCUUCACCUCACAAGUCACCUUAGACAUUGGUUCCACCUUUUCUGACGAACUGGAGGUUCGAGAAAUCCUGGAACGUCAACUUCGAGUUCACUCCCUGGGCAACAUCCAAGUCAGUCCCGAGGGAUUCACGUUUCGUAUUUUCGAAGCUCCUGAACAUGGCCAAGAAUGCGAUCAAUCGACCGAGCUUAGAUGCCGAAAUGGAGAUUGCGUUCCUUUGGACUCUCGUUGUGACGGAGUGUCACAAUGCAGCGACUUUUCUGACGAGCAGGACUGCCCCACGACGGAGACGGAAACUCCCCGAUCCUCGUUCGACACGACCCCGUUCUACCAUCCCGAGAGACACACCUUGCCGCCGUUCCUGGAGGGGUCGGAGACGACGACCGAGAGACCGGAAGUCGAUUACGACAUCACCGACGAACCGAUCACCAGACCACCUCCGGAUAGUUGUCGAGGAGACGACACCGUUCGUUGCGAAGAUGGGAGUCGUUACAUUUGCUCGAUACAACAAUGCGAUGGCAUCCAGGACUGCGACGACGGAGGUGACGAAGUUGGAUGUCCUCAUCCAGGGUGCAGUGCCGGUGAAUUCGCCUGCGACGUUGUGAGGUGCAUCCUUCAAUCUCAACGAUGCGAUUUCCACGAGGAUUGUCAAGAUGGCAGCGACGAGCACGACUGCGAAUAUCCCGCCUGUGGCAGCCAGGAAUUCAGGUGCAGGAACGGCCAGUGCAUCGAGAGCAGCAAACAGUGCAACGGAGUGCAAGACUGCUACGACAGGUCCGACGAAGUCAAUUGUCCAUGCCGAAAGGAUGAAUUCGAAUGCUCCCCGGGUUACUGCCUGCCUGAAAGUCGACGGUGCGAUAACACCAUGGACUGUCAGAAUGGAAUCGACGAACAGGGCUGUCAAGACCACUCCACGUGUAGACCCGAGGAAUUUCAAUGCGCCGAUGGACCGUGUGUCAGUAAAAGUGCAAGAUGCGACGGUCGUUCGGAUUGCAGGGACUAUUCCGACGAGUACAACUGCAACGUGACGACCUGCAGCGGGGAUCAAUUUCGCUGUCGCGAUGGAAUUUGUCUCAGCAUCGACAAAAGGUGCAACGGAGUCGCGGACUGUCGCAACGGCGAGGACGAGAGUCAAUGCGGUUGCGGAGCGAAGGAUUUCCGCUGCGCUAACGACAGGUGCAUCGACUACGAGUUGCAGUGUAACGGUGUCAACGACUGCCUCGAUGGCUCCGACGAAAAAGACUGCGAAAAAUCCCUAGUGACGGCACCAUGGAAAAAUGUCUACAACGACGUUCGGCUCUUCAGGGAGUACAUGAAAAAGCGGGAAGAAUCUAGAUCAUCGAAACACCCGAGCCUCGUCAAGCCGUUUGAAAGAUACAGCUCGAAAAUGGCCUCUCAAACGAGACAGGGCAAGACCCUGAGGAGACCAUCGGACAACACGAAGAGCAUCCACGACUCUUGGGAAGUCGAUCCGGAAAAGCUGCUUGAAAUUUUCCCAGAGUUCGGGAAAGCGCCCCGAGGUCGACUAAAGCUGGCCAACGAAAACGGGACCCUGAAGUCGCCGAAGGACGAGUGGGAGUCCGUUCGCCAAGGUCCGAAAAUCGACCCUGAAGAGUUGGGGAAACGGAUGAGAGAAAUCCCUCGACCUAACAGAAACCUGGGGAACAACUACAUCGAGGACCCUAUUUUGGAGUCCUUCCCGCAAUUGGGAAUCUGGAAGCCGAAGAGUCCUCUUCGGUGGAAGAUCCAAAACAAGAGGAAGAAGAUGCUGAAGAAGGGCAGCCACGAGAUCGGCGGCAAUUCUCGGAGAAAAAAUCACAGGAAGAGCGUCGUCCCCAGGGAGCCCUCGAAAAGUGGUGGACCAGGUUCUAGGGGGUCCUCCUCAAGGUCGAAAAAUUCCCUGGAGAUGAAGUCGAAAGAGACCUCGGUUGAAAAAAAUAAUUCCGGAAGACGUCGGAAAUUGCCCCUCCCCAAGGGAGCAGCAAACCGCUAUUACGAGAAGCACCUGAAGAACUUAACCACUACCCUGAAGACGACUUUGAAAACCACCACGAGUGGCCCAGAAAUCGGGAACAAAGGGACUGAUCUCUCCACCUUGAAGUCAACGGAUGAAGUUGAAGCUUCGACCAUGACGGAAUCGAAAGAAAACACGAAAGGAGCUUUUAACGAUGGUGAAGAAAACGAAGUGGAAUUUACCUCGUCUAACUUGAGUACUUUUUUUGUUACCGAAAGCUCUUCUUCAGGGUCGACCGAGGACCAGUUCGAGGUGGUAACGUUCAAAGACAUCGGAAAUGAAAAGACUGCUCAUUAUGAUUCCUCAUCAGACCCUGACUUAGUUACGACUGCAAAAAUGACAUCAACUACGCCUUCGACUAUUUCCACUGAAAUUAUCGUAAAUGGAUACAAGAUCAAGCCUGGGAGCAAGGUCGAAAAGUAUUAUAAAAAGUACUUGACCAACCUUACCCCUUCGCCUCCGAGAUCCACGACUAAGGUCGAGGAAACGUCAACCUCGAAAAUGCCGAGUAACUCUUCAAGAAGUGAGAAGGUCCAAAUUAGUACAACGGUUGCCACGAAAUUGGGAGAAAAAGUUGCUGAAGAGGUUUCAAGGAAACGGAAGAAACACGGUAAAAAAAAGCAUAGAAAUGGAAAGGAUGACGUAUCGAAGACGACCCUAAAGAGCACUGUCUCUGCAAUUACUGAAGCUACGACAGUGAUAAAGGAGCCUGAUAAGAAUUUGACAGAAAAGUCAUCUCAGUCAUCUUCUAACUCGACUCUCGAUGAAACUCUUCAAGGUCCGGUUCUCGAAGUGGAAAAUUCGACCUCGACCUCUUCAUCGUGUGAAAACGAUGAAAAGUGCAAAAAUAAAUGUGGGAAUGACUCUUCAGGUAAAAAAGGUGAUAAGGUUAAAGGCAGCGAAUCUAAUGAUAUCGAUUCUGGGGGAACGAAUUCCAAACUUGGAGAAGAAUGUUCAGAGACAAAGUCGGGGGGAAAAGUCAAGGAAAAUUCGACGGAAAGUGUUGAGUUGUUUAAUCAAACUACUGAAAACCCUUUGACGACCCUGAAGAGCGUCUCUGUAAAAAAUGAGUGGAAUUCGACGACGCUUUCCAAGGAUCAUGUCACAGAUAAUUCGAUUAAAAUUGAAUUGACUACUUCCGCAGCUUUGGAUAAAAAUAAAGGAAAUGGCAAAGGGAAGAAGAACAGGAAAAACAAGGGUGGGAAUAAAAAGAGAAACGGAAAACGCACCUCGAAACGCGGGAAGGUUAAACCUACCGCGGCCGCCAUAUUGGAUUCUCGAAGUGAAGAAACGACGCUUCCGAUGAAUACAUUAACUGCCACCGAAAAUGAUAAUAUUACGGUAAGCCCCAGAUCGGAAUCAACGAGUCAAGAGUCGAGUACAAAAAGUACAUCCACUUUCGAGAUGCUGAAGAAGGAUGAUUCUCUAGAAAACGAGGUGGACGGAAAUAAUACAAAAAUCGACGUCGAUUCCAGGGACGUAAAACUGGAGUCGGAGGAGAUCAAAGAGAAUGAAAUCGAGAACGGAAAAGGAAUCGAAUCGGAAAAUAACAUCUAUCGAAGCGAGACAAAGUCAGAGACCCCGAAGAAAAAGAAGGAACUUGAAGAAGAGAACGAAAAGGUGGAAAUAGAAGGCGGCACUAAAGAAGACAAAGGUACCGCUUCCAAGGAAGAAGCAAAGGAAGUUUCAAGCAGUACCGAAGAAGAAAAAGACUCGAUGGGAACUUCAGAUGCUGAAGAGGUACAGGAGGAAGAUGACAAUAAGACCCCGAAGAGCACGACAUCGAGCAAGUGGGACGCUGAGGAGUCAAAAACUGAGAAUAAUUCCGAAGCGAACACGAAGAAAAAUGUUUACGAGUCCUCUUCAAGGGAGCCACAAAUCGCCAGCACAAGAUACGUUUUAAAAUCCAGCGAGAACCUGAAGAGUGGCGUGCCAAAAUCCUUAAACUCGACCGAGAGGAGGAAAUAUUCUUCGACAUCGCCGAGCCCCAGGACGACGACAAUGAAAAAAUUCGUGAAAUUGGAAGCUGUGACUGAAAAUUUCUUCAGGGAGGAGGUUUCGAUGAACCAGGGCGAUCUUCCACCGAGUCCCGAAGAAGGCGACGAAGACAGUCCCGACUGGGGAAACUGUCGGGACGACCAGCACUUUUGCGGGGAACUUUGCAUAGAAGAAGACCUCCUCUGCGACGGAGAAGAAGAUUGCAAAGAUGGAAGUGACGAAUGGGGCUGCGACUAUUACAUAGACCUGAAGAAGAAGUAUCUUCGCCAGCAGAUGCUGAAGAGUCACUUCGGCCAGGUGGACCCACGACUUGCCAGGGUGAGGGGUUGUGCAGAAUUUCAACACUUCUGCGACUCUAAGUGCCUCGAAGAGCGAAAAGUCUGCGAUGGGAUCGACGACUGCUCCGAUGGAAGCGACGAGGACUUUUGCGAGUAUUACGACUACGAAGGUAGAGGAGAAAAGUUGAAGAGUUUGGCUCCGUGUCCCUCUAUGGACUUCACCUGUGGAGAUGGCUCUUGCAUACCGAACAGCUCGGUCUGCGACGGAUUCGACGACUGCCCCAUGGCAGAAGACGAACUUCACUGUGAACGAGGUUGCACCCUCACGCAGUUCGAAUGCGCCAGCGGGGGAAAAUGCAUCGAAGGGGUCUACAGGUGUGACGGUCAUUGGGAUUGUCCUGAUCGCAGCGACGAGAAGUCCUGUCCUUCCAGGACUAACGAAACCGCUGUGCACAUCGGCUCGCCGACCAACCCGCCAUGGCCAGCCUGGGUGGUAGACAGAUCGGAGUGCGAUCCCGAGACGAAAAUGCGAUGUGACAACGGACAAUGUCUACUUCGGCAGCGAAAGUGCGACGGCAUUAUCCACUGCCUCGAUGGCAGUGACGAACGGGGCUGUGGGGACUGCGCUACGGACGAGUGGAAGUGCGAGAACGGAGAAUGUCUGCCGGAGAAGCAAAGAUGCGACGGCGUUCCCCAAUGUCCGGAUGCAUCGGACGAAACCGGAUGUGGUAAUUCCUGUCCGGAUGGCCAACUGCCCUGUGACAAUGGAGUGUGCAUCAUGAAGAGCUUUUUCUGCGACAACAACAAAGAUUGCCACGACGGAAGCGACGAGAAAGACUGUCCCUAUCCUGGACCCGAUCUGGAGUCUCGACCUGUUCAUUGUCGAGAGGACGAAUUCACCUGUCAUGACCGUAGACAAUGCGUGUCACGAUCUGCAGUUUGCAAUGGACAAGCCGACUGUCAUGAUUCCAGCGACGAACGCGACUGUCGCCGCGGAUGUACUCGAGAUCAAUUCCAAUGUCGAAAUGGCGAUUGCGUGAGAGGGGACCAAAGGUGCAACAGGAUCUACGAGUGCGACGACGGCUCUGACGAGGAUAAUUGUGGUCCACUGGAACCGAGUACCCCGAGACCGGAAGGACCAGGAACGCAUCCUAUGCCAGGUCGAUGUCCUGCAGGACUUAUCAUGUGUGCAUUUGACAAAAAUUGCGUGCCUCAUUCAUCUUUGUGCAACGGAAUUCCGGAAUGCAGAGACGGAUCCGACGAAGAGAACUGCGCCGUAUCAGGAGGAGAGCUCAAUCUCAAGACCUACCCCAGCGAGCAGAUCAUUAAAGAAAGUCGGGAAGUGGUGUUCCAGUGCCGAGACGAAGGACCUCUUCGCGCCAGGGUGCAAUGGACCCGAGGAAAUGGACAUCCUUUGCCUCCAGGAAGCAGAGACGUUAAUGGCCGCCUGGAAAUCCCGAAUAUCCAGCUUGAACAUGGAGGACCAUACAUUUGCGAAGCCGUGGGAUACGCACCCCACACUCCAGACAGCAAAGUGACUGUAUAUCUGACUGUGGAAAAGUUUGACUUACCCUCCACUCGGCCUCCGCAAGUCUGCAAGUACGACGAGGCUACUUGCAGCAAUGGCGACUGCAUCCCUAAGUCAUACGUCUGUGACAACAAAUUCGACUGCACGGAUGGAUCCGACGAAUCGCGAUGCAGUCCUCAUGGCUGCGAGCCUAACGAGUUCCGUUGUGCGAACAAGCAAUGCGUUAUCAAAACCUGGCGUUGCGACGGUGAUAAGGACUGUGCCGAUGGCACCGACGAGGAGAAUUGCACACCCUCUCCUCCAGGAUCUCCAUGUCGAUACGACGAGUUCCAGUGCACCACCAAUGAUCAGUGCAUCCCGAAGAGCUAUCAUUGCGACAUGGAGAGGGACUGCAUGGACGGCAGCGACGAGCUCGGCUGCUCUCCGGUUUACAUCACGAAAGCACCACCACCAAUGGUAGUGCUGAUGCCGGGCGAGGCAAUGAUCCUGACCUGCAGCGCAGUGGGGGUGCCGAUACCAGAAAUCAAUUGGCGAUUGAACUGGGGCCACAUCCCGGCAAAAUGCACAACGACCUCCAUCAACGGGACAGGGACCUUGACCUGCCCCGACAUCCAGAUCUCCGACCAGGGUGCCUACUCCUGCGAGGCCCUCAACGUGGGCGGGUUCGUCUUCGCCGUGCCAGACGCCAUCCUGGUGGUCAAAACCGAGCCAGUCUGUCCUAAAGGAAGCUUCAACGAUGACGCCAGAAGCCCCGAAGAGUGUAUAUCCUGCUUCUGCUUCGGAGUAGCCACAGAAUGCCAAAGCGCAAACCUCUUCACGUACCGCCUAACGCCACCCUUCGACCGCCAUAAGCUCGUUUCCGUCAAAGUCGCCCCGGAAAUCCGGAUAAACGGUGACAUAGGGAACAGGGUGCGAGAGAUCUCACCUGUAGGUCAGGCAGGUGUGAAGAUCCAAACCCCCUACAUCGAGGAAGAGUUCAACAGCUACAACGUGCCGUACUUUGCGCUGCCCGAGUUCUACCAUGGGAUCAGGCUGAAGUCUUACGGGGGGUACUUGAAGUACACCGUGACGUACAGUGGGGGUGGACUCCCCCUUGCAGGUCCAUCGGUUAUCCUGAGCGGGAACAAUUAUACCUUGUUACAUACCGGGCCGGAAUUCCCAUCCGAUUACGAGAGCCAGCAGUCCGUCAGGUUCUUCUAUGGGGAAUGGUACAAGAGUGAUGGCAGGCACGAGGUCCUCGCCUCCAGGGAAGAGAUCAUGAUGACUCUCUUGAAUGUCGACAACAUCCUCAUCAAAGCGAAAUACGAAAACGGACCGCAACUCGAUACCACCAUCAGCGACAUUGUUAUGGACACCGCUGACGAGAGGAAUACCGGACUGGGAAGUGCAUCCUUUGUUGAGAAAUGCGAGUGCCCUGCUGGGUACACCGGAGAUUCCUGUGAAAACUGUGCAGCCGGAUUCGAGAGACACAAGAGCGGUCGUUGGCUUGGACUCUGUUACAGCGACAGACCACCAUGUCCUCCAGGAUAUUAUGGAGAUCCUUCCAGGAACAUUCCGUGCCGACUUUGUCCUUGCCCGCUCACCAACCCUGCGAACCAGGUCACCCGGAUUUGUCAUCUCGGCUCCAAUGGAGAGCCAAAAUGCGAGUGUCCUCCAGGAUAUAAGGGAGACAGGUGCGAAAGCUGCGAGGAAGGAUAUCGUGGGAAUCCUCUCGUUGCUGGAGAUAUGUGCGUUCCAAAUCUUCCUUGCCAUCCUGAAGGAAGCAUCAGUCCUUACGCCGAUCCCGUAACUGGACAGUGUCACUGCAAGCCUCUUACAACUGGCCUUACUUGCGACAAAUGUAAGCCAAACACGUUCCACUUGGCCUCGAACAAUCAAUUCAGGUGCAUCAGUUGUUUCUGCAUGGGAGUCACCAACAAGUGCUCGUCGUCCAACUGGUACAGAAAUGAGAUUCGCGUCUCGUUCAUCAACUCCAUCCGAGACUUCUCAUUGGUCGAAUCCAGUUCCGAUUCGGAGCCCAUUGUUCAUGGGAUUCACCUGGACACUGUCGGCCGUGAGAUCGUUUACAAUGAUUUCCCUAACCGGGGCAAAAAUGAUGUGUAUUACUGGCAACUGCCCAGCAUCUUCCUAGGAGAUCACAUAAGUUCUUAUGGAGGGAAUUUGAAGUACACCGUGAGAUACGUGCCCUCUCCAGGAGGUCAGAGUUCAAGGAACAAUGCACCUGACGUCGAGCUUCUCAGCGAUAACGACCUCCGUUUGUUCCACUACUCGCGCGAGGCUCCAGAGCCGAAUAUUCCGCAAUCCUUCACGGUGCCAUUGUUGGAACAAUACUGGCAACAAUCAGAUGGAACACCCGUUGAACGUGAACAUCUUCUCAUGGCCUUGGCAGAUGUUCGAGCCAUUGGAAUCAAAGCUACCUACACAACACACACGGACGAGGCUGCACUCUCUCACGUGACCCUCGACACGGCAGAAAAAUACAACACGGGAAGAUCUCGUGCUGCGGAGGUGGAGGAAUGUUCCUGUCCUCCAGGUUACAAAGGUCUUUCCUGCGAGGAUUGCGACGUCGGCUACGCCAGGAGUUCGUCGGGAUCCUACCUUGGCAUCUGCGAGCCCUGUCAAUGCAAUGGUCACUCCAAUCAAUGUGAUCCAGAAACGGGAAUCUGCGAGAACUGUGCAGACCACACAACAGGCGACAACUGCGAAAGAUGCGAAUACCAAUACGAGGGCGACGCUACCAGAGGAACUCCUCAAGAUUGUCAACCAAGAGGAAGUUCUCAAUACAAAUGCAAUUGUACCCGAGCUGGGUCUCGAGAUACCUCUUGCGUGAACAAUCAAUGCGAAUGCAAGGCCAACGUAGAAGGUCCUAACUGCGAUCGGUGUCGACCAUCAACAUUUGGUCUGUCGGAGAGCAACAUCGAUGGAUGCAUAGAUUGCUACUGCAGCGGUGUCACUGAUCAAUGCCAUGAAAGUUCUCUCUUCAUCCAGCAAAUCCCCGUGUGGGUGUACGACUCUCACCAUGGGUUCACGCUCACGGAUUCGACGAGGCGUGACAUCAUCGACAAUGGGUUCGAGCUGAACCUGGGGACGAACGAGAUCGGCUAUCGCUAUCCAGGAAAUCGAAGUCGCAGACUCUUCUGGUCCCUGCCUCCCAACUUUACCGGGAACAGAGUGAAGAGCUACGGAGGUAACUUGACGAUGACCCAACACAUAACAGCCUACCCUGGUGCCAUCAGCCAGAAGGACCAAGACGUGCUGCUAGUCGGAAAUGGAAUCACGUUGUACUGGACGAACCCUCAAGAGUUACAACCUGACAUACCUCUGACCUACUCCGUUCCUCUGAAGGAGUCGGAAUGGCGACGACUUACUGUCGAAGGACCUCGCACAGCAUCUCGCACGGAUCUCAUGACAGUCCUGUCGAACCUCGAGGCCAUUUUGGUCCGUGCUUCGCAUAGUGAAAACAUGUUGGCAACAUAUAUUAGCGACAUCAGCCUCGACACUGCCGUGGAGAACACCGUAGGUGGUAGGAGAGCCACCCAGGUGGAAGCUUGUCGAUGUCGACCCGGUUACGUCGGAACAUCCUGCGAAUCCUGCGCCAGAGGAUACUACAGAGAUAUCAGCGAUCGUUCCCUCAGCUAUCUAGGAGCCUGCAAUCCAUGUCCUUGCAAUGGCAACGAGGAGAGCUGCGAAAUCAGCAGAUCGGGACAUGUCAAGUGCCAUUGUCUCCCGAGGUACACUGGACAGUACUGCCAGAGUCUUGGCGAGCUCAGGGUAAGUCUAAUGCCCGUCAAGGUUCGAGCCGAACCGAACAGCGUCGUCAAAUUCAAGUGCACGUAUGACCACGCAGAAGGACUCUACGUGUAUUUCAAAUUAACGUCCUCUCGAGGAGACCCCAUAACGGAAUGGGACAUGGACCCUGGUCCUCUGAGAAGGACAGAAAACGGAGGAUUCAGGGAAUGGAGCGUUCGAGCCGGAAGGCUUCCUUGCUACGUGGAAUGCCACGUUCUGGACAGAAAUGGCACAGAACUGGUUACCAUUACCACGUCGAUGUCUCCAGUGGAUGAAUACCUUACACCUGAACCACCAGUGCCUACUAUAUCGCCACCAAGAAUUCUAGUGUCCAUCCGCGAACCAGAAUUCCAGAUCGUCCACACCGGAAACACAGUGCGGUACCAUUGUUCCGCAAAAUCCACAGACAGCACCACUUUCCACAUUAAAUGGGAGAAAGAAGGUGGACAGCUACCAACAGACAGGAGCUUCGACGACGCCCACGGUCUUUUGGUAAUUCGGGAUGUAAAAGUCUCCGACAGUGGAGUUUACGUUUGCCAAGUCAACGACGGAGUGAAUAUCGGCAUAAAAAGAGUGACCCUAGCAGUCGGAGGAGUGAACCCGGUAGAACCAAGGGCCACCAUAUCUCCUAGAUAUCUCCGAAUAAAAGAGGGCGAACCUGCAGAGUUCCGCUGCGAAGCAACGGGCAAUCCUCCCCCAGAAGUAAAUUGGAUUCGCGUCCAUGGAGACAUGAACCCCGAAGCAACAUUCUACAAUGGCAUCUGGAGAGUCCCAGCAGUCUUAAAAACCGAUGCAGCGGAAUACAAAUGCAUAGCCAGAAACAGCAUUGGAGUGGACAACCAAACCACCAUCCUCUACGUACUAGACAAUCCAGAUAGACCUCGGCCGACGGCGAUUCCUUCGGUCAGACCAACGGUGGUGCCUCCAGAAUGGACCGGAAACUCCGGGAACGCAGUUCGCCUGGUUUGUUCAUCCGCUUACGAGGCGAGAAUCUCUUGGACAAGAGCUGGCAACGUACCUCUGCCAAAUUCAGCUGAUCAACGAGAAGGUGUCUUGACGAUCUCCAAUCCGACUUCCGACGACUCCGGCGUGUACAUUUGCACGGCAACGAGUUACCAGGGUACCGAGACCAGCAACACUGCCCAGAUAACUAUCAUGGUACCAAGAGAACCCCCCAGUGUCAAGGUGAAGCCUGAAAGACAAGUCGUGUCUCAAGGCACGGUCGCCGAGGUGAGGUGCAUCACCAGCAGAGAACCUGGACUACAAAUCAAGUGGAGUAAAUAUGGCGAGGCCUCGAUGGGACAGAACGUCCAACAAGUCGGGGACAUGUUGAGGAUCGUCAAUCCUCAGGUUCCCGACAGAGGAGUUUACGUUUGCCGAGUAACCAGCUCCAGAGGAAGUCAAGAAGCCAGCGCCAUCAUCGAAGUUGCGCCGCGUGAAGAGCCCGUGCUGGAGCUGUACCCUCAACAAAUACAGGUUGUUCUUGUCGGAGGAUCUGCCGAUUUACAGUGCAGAGCGAUUGCUGGUUUCCCCAUUCCUGAGAUUCACUGGUCCAGGGAAGACGGUCGUCACUUCGGCAGCAACAUCGAACAACUACCUGGGGGUCUUCUGAGGCUCACCAACAUCACCAUCAGCGACGGAGGAGCUUUCGUCUGCUCGGCAUCGAACGAGGUCGGCACCACAACCGCGGUUGCUCACAUCGAAGUGCAAUCUCUGCCUGUUAUCACCAUUUCUCCGAAUAUUGGAAUCCUGCCCGUGAAACUGGGAGACAGGAUUCGCCUGAUGUGCAGCGCAACCGGACAUCCCCAACCAAACGUCGUCUGGAGUAGACACACGAAUGGAGUGGCUUUAUAUGGUCCCCUGGACAGAACUGCAGCGACUCCUUUGAGCGCCGUCUACGAGAUCUUCUCGGUGUCACCUGACGACGAGGGGUCUUACACGUGCCAAGCAACAAACGCUGCUGGAAUUACCGAGGAACGUGUACAGAUUCGUAUAGAAGACACUCCUACGUAUCCUUGUCGAGGAGAUCAGUGCGCCCCGACUGAUGAAGGCCCCAGUGUGUACCCUGUAGGGAAUAGAAAUCCAAACGGAGGGAUCCACAUCCCGGAGACUUCUCUAAGGAUACCUAACGGUGGGAAUGUAGAAAUGCGCUGCCAGGUCGUUGGUCUUGACGAUGACAAAAUUUACCUCGACUGGAGGAGAAGCGAUCAUAGACCCCUUCCCGAAGGUAGCACAGUCCACAACGGUGUUCUGAGGAUCCCUGCAAUGACCAAGGAAGCCGCUGGAGAAUAUUUCUGCCUUGGCCUGAACCCUGAUGGGAACGUCCUCUUCAAGGAGAAGUCCCACUUGGAGAUCAUAAGUCCACCAAGGAUCGAAUUGAACCCGACGAGUCAAACCGUUCGUCCUGGAGAGAACCCCUCGAUUAUUUGCACCGCGACCGGAGAUCAGCCCCUGAACAUCAAAUGGGAUGCAAUUGGACGUUCAUUGCCGCAUUCUGUUACCGACAAUAGAGGCCUUUUGCAAUUCCACGGCAUCGCGUUCGCCGAUGCAGGAAAAUAUGUCUGCAAAGCGACGAACGACGCCGGCACGGCUGAAGCUGUCGCUGAAGUUUUGGUCAAUGAACACGUCUUUGAAAACACCCCGGUGCACGCCCUGGAACGUGACAUCACGACCUAUUCUGGCAACUCGUUGACACUUCGCUGUCAAGUUCGGGAACACGCUCAGAUCCUUUGGAGUAGAGAAGGCCAGUCUUUGCCGGCGAAUUCAAGGGUUCGAGAAAAUCAGCUGGAAUUAAUGCACGUAACGCCGGAAGACAGCGGUCGUUACAUCUGCGAAGUGCGAAACAAUCAUGGAGUCGCUAGUGACUAUAUAAACGUCAGAGUGGCCCUGUACCCAAUGCAGUGCAGACACGGAGAGUAUCGGUGCAGAAGCGAAGAAUGCAUUCGAUUGGAUUUCUUUUGCGAUGGCUAUGCUCAAUGCAGCGAUGGCAGCGACGAGCGCUUCUGCCGAAGCAGACGGUACCGUCAAAUACUCCAACGACGACGUGCAGCAGCUACUCCAACUAUCAGCAUAGAAGUUGCUCAAGACCCCAUCAAUAUUGGUGACACCAUUGACAUUCGCUGCUCAUACUCCGGAGGUCAUAAUCCUCGCUUCCACUGGGUUAGACCGAACCAAAUAUCUCUGCCAUCUAAUGCCGAAGAAUAUGGAAACGUCUUAAGACUCAGCAACGUUGCUGUCAGUGAGAGUGGAGUGUACAGGUGCAUCGUUGAGACACCCGAGGGCACCUUCGAAGAUGACUUCAAUCUCAUCGUUCAGGGUGGAACGAAUGACGCUCCAGCGAUCGAAACCAAGUAUGCACGAUAUGGAACUGACGUCCAAAUAGAUUGUAAGACAGAUUUGAGGAACGAUGUGAAGUACCAGUGGAACAAACUCGGAGGAUUACUUCCAGAAUUCACCCAAUUUUCCGAGAACAUGAUGUUCUUGAAAAAUGUGAAAGCCGAAGACGCCGGAACAUACAUCUGCACUGCAAACAGUGACCAAACUAGUGUCGAAGUUCCAACGAUGUUAGUAGUGACCGGAGUGGUUCCAAACUUCACUCAAGCUCCCCAAAGUUAUAUAGCUCUGCCUCCGUUGCCUGACGCAUACUUGAAGUUCACUAUCGAAGUAUCCUUCAAGCCCGAAAGAUAUGAUGGUAUAAUACUGUACAACGACGAGAAGAGUAACGGAAGUGGCGACUUUUUGAUACUCGCUCUUGUUGGAGGAUAUCCAGUUUUUAAGUUCCACCUUGGAUCCGAUCCAGCAGAGAUUCGAGCUAACAGGCCCAUCACCCUCGGCAAAUGGCACACGAUAAAGCUUCAAAGGAAUCGCAGGGAAGGUACAAUGUUCGUGGAUGGCGAAGGUCCCUACGAAGGAAGUGCUGCAGGCAGAAGACAAGGAUUAGACCUCAUGGAGCCCCUCUACAUCGGAGGAGUGAAAGAGUACAGUGCUAUCAGUAAAUAUGCCGGUGCUAAUUCAGGAUUCGUAGGAUGCAUCGGAAGACUAGUCAUCGGAGAGAAACAAGUGGACCUAAUGAGCCAUCAGGCAACGAGUGUCGGAGUGACAACCUGCGAGACCUGUGCAGAAAAUCCAUGCAACAAUGGCGGUGUCUGCCAAGAAGCAGCCUCCAAGCAUGGAUACACUUGCCUCUGCCGAGCAGGAUACAGUGGAAAACACUGUGACUUUGUGGGACAAUCCUGUUACCCAGGUGCUUGCGGAGAGGGCAAGUGCGUCGACAAGGAAGAUGGCUUUGUCUGCUACUGUCGCUAUGACAAGACAGGACCUCGCUGUGAACGCUCUAUAAGUGUUUACGACCCUGCUUUCCACAACGAUCACGCUUUCCUGUCAUACCAAACGCCCAAGGCGAUUAGGAGGCUAAAGCUAACCAUGAAUUUUAAUCCUUCGGACAACGGAGAUGGGAUCCUGAUGUAUUCCGCCCAGGUUGACGAAGGGUUAGGCGAUUUUGUCGCACUGGUUAUCAAAGAUAAACACGUGGAGUUCAGAUUUGACGUGGGUUCAGGAACAGCGAUAAUUAGAUCGAGCUACAUCGUUCAACCUGGAAUUUGGACCCAUGUCACCAUAAGCAGAGACUUCAAGGUAGGGAAUCUAUCGGUCAAUGGCGAGCCCCAAAUAGAAGGACGUUCUCCAGGAACAGCCAGAACGAUGACACUAAAUACUCCUCUGUACAUUGGUGGUGUCGAUAGAAGAAGGAUCACUGUUAACAAAAACGUAGGGGUAGAUAAAGGCUUCAGAGGAUGCGUUAACGAGUUGGAGGUAUCUUCGAUGAACGUGGACAUCCUGAAAUCCAGCACGGACUCAGCAAACGUGGAGGAUUGUUCUCUGCAUCGCCAGAUACAAACUGCAUCACGCCCUCCUUCAACGGAGCCUCCUACAACACCAUCCACGACCGAAUAUAAUCCUUGCAUGUCGAAUCCUUGUGUCCAUGGUAUCUGUCAAAGUACAAGUACUUACGAGUAUUCGUGUACCUGCGAGUACGGAUACGUAGGUCGAAACUGCGAAAAUGUCCUGAAACAGUGCGAACUCCUAAGUCCUUGUAAAAACAAUGGAUUCUGCACAGACCUCCGAGGCUCUUACAAGUGUGACUGUCGAUUAGGAUACAAUGGACUUAAUUGUGAAAAGCCUGCAGAGAUAUCUUACGACGUGGCUUUCAAGGGCGAUGGCUGGUUGGAACUUGAUAGAUCUGUAAUGCCUCACACAGAAGAAAGGGAAGUCCUGGGAUUUGAGAUCUCCACAAACAAAAGCAAUGGACUGAUCAUGUGGCAUGGCCAGACACCGAACGACCUAAACCCUGAAGAUUACAUCGCCUUAGCAGUUGUCGACGGGUACAUCGAGUAUCAAUAUAAUUUAGGCUCCGGACCUGCAGUGAUUAGAGUGAUGGCUCAACGAGUCGACGAUGGAGAGCGCUACAGAAUUAUCUUGAAGAGACAAGGAAGCGAUGGCAGUAUAGAACUCAAUGGAGAACACACUGAAAGCGGAGUUAGUGACGGCCUCCAACAAAUCCUGAACACUCGAGGAAGUGUUUACUUGGGUGGAGUACCCGACUACUUGAUGACCUAUGGCCGAUACCAUGAUGGUUUCUCUGGUUGCAUCUACACCCUGGAGGUGCAAGAUUCCGGUGCAAUAGACAUCGGCAACAAAGCUAUCAGAGGAAAGAACGUCUCACCCUGCACAAAAGCGAGGUGGAUUCCCUCCUCUCUGGUAUUUACGGAUGCUGAUGCAGACAUCUUCGAUGCCUUCGUACCUCCACCUCCUGUGAACAUAAUCCAUCCAAGGCCCACUGUAAAUCGAUCGUCUCAUAAUGUUAAGAGCAUCCCUACUUUAAUCAUAGUCCAGCACCUUGUUAGUCUGUCGACAAACAUCAGGCAUCGUAGACUGACACUCACACUACUGUGCGUGUCUUUCGUCAUCUUAGGAACGAAUUUAUCAAACUAGUUUCCAUUUGACUUUUUCACUCUACGGUCUAGUCAUGACAUGAAUUCUCUCGAAGAUCAUCAUUAGCGUUCCCAGUUAACUUGUACAGGACUCCGAGAAGUUCAUGUCCAGGUAGACCGGCUCCAUGUAAUCGUAACUAAUUAAUGUUUGUAAAAAUUAUUCGGUGCUUUACUGACGCGCGGAGGAACGCGAUCAGAGCGAAACAAUGGAUCGUCCCGUUCGUGAGGAUGCUUCAGGUUUGACAAACGAAUAGAAACCUCCAAGUUACAAGACAUCGACAUACGUUUUUACAAGACAUUGAUGACAUUGCUCGAUGCGUUCUCAGCCUAAGAGCAUAAUUAAUUAAUUAAUUUUAACUGCAGUCACGUUAACGUGUACUUGUUUUCGCGUAUGCCUUCGAGUUUCUUCUAACAAAGCAUCUUACUACAAAAGCAGUGCACAUUUGUAUACAAGAUACACUAGAUUUUGCAAGUACCUCGGAGCAAAGCCAGAGGGAACAAAACAAAAGUGAUCCACUUGCACUCUUCCAAGGCAAAACCAAAAAAAAAAUACUACGAAUAGAAGAUAAGUCUUGGAAGUGGGGCUCAAUUUUCACAGGAAACAUGACAUGUUUUAUAUAUACAGAACAUACAUAACCUAAAAGUAUCCUGCACAGAUCGAUGAAUAACAAGGACACGAUGAAAAUGUACACCGAAAGAAAAUCGUAUAGGAAUACCAAAAGCUUCUAAAUUAAACUGCUUGUAUCUAAGUUAUCCAUCAGAAAUUGAAGCAUCCGUUUCAAAUUUCUUCGCUCUAUUCAACGCUGUUAAAGUUCUUGUUUCCCUUCGAUCCCUGCAGGACGAAACACCAGGAAGGUUCUCUUCAAUGAUGUACUACACACAACGCGUAUAUUAUUACAAAACAAUAUUACUAUCAUAAUUUUGUAAUCGAUACUAUAUUAGUCGUUUUCUACAGCUUUAUUUAUACAACAUUUAACGCGCAAUGCAUUUGCGAUGCAUUUAAAGCGAGCUCGUGCGUUACGAUUUUUGCAGAUUUCUAAUAACCGAGGCGGGUGGUUGUAUAACGAAGAGUGACGGUGAGCAAAUGACAAAUCAGUGAAUCAAUUGCUUACGGACGAAUCAUGAGAUUAAGGGAAAGAUCGUCGUAACUUUCCACAACUAUUUCCGUGCGCUCGCGCAAAUUCGGAAAGCGAAAGUAGUGUUGGCAAGCUUGUUGCCCAUAUAUAUAUACAUAUAUAUCGUUUUUCACUGCCAUGUUAUACAUGCCAAUUUAACGAGUACUUACGUUACCAAUUCUCCCAUAGACCAUACUUUCUCAAUUUUGGUUAUUAAUUGCAAUAGCGAGGUAAUCCUGAAUUAUGUGGAGGAGGAAAAGUCACUUACAAAAUGCUCGUUAACUCCAGGUUGGUGCUAGCGAUAUGGAAUUAAUGUCAGAUAUAUUCUAAGUGAGCCCACGAUAACAAAAGUUAGUAAUACCUCAUAUCCAACAAAUUCAUGUAUAUUACAUAUUACUGUCAGUACGGGAUUUUUUACAAAAAUAUUCCAUUCUUACAGCUAAAACCAUUUGUACAUUGCCAACUUAUCGUAAUGGAAAAAGAAGAUCGUCAGCUUAUAAGAGUGAAAUUAAUUUACGCGUAGCCAGGCUACCGUAAAUCUGUAAAAAGAAAUAUAUAUAUAAUGUAUUGUUAUCGAAUGGCCCAGCAAGCGGAAUCUGCUGCAUAUUCGAAAUGAUUCGCUUUUACAGAACAAUUGUAUUCGAAGUGUGCUAUCGAUGCUGUCAAGAGGUUAUGUUUAUUUGUAUUCUUUUGGCACGAGGGAAAUUUAAUGACUUUUUUACCUUGAAUCAUACAAAUUUUAGAAGAGAUACGUUUUGAUAGGUUUUUCAUCGAAGCAGAUGUUCAAAGAUUGAGAGUGCCAAUCGACAUGAUUUUACGAUGCAUCUGUGGUUCUUGUUUCCAAGGCUUGAGGUAGUUAAACAUUGAGAUAGUACGAAGCAAUAUCGAGGUAGAUAUAAUAAACAAUUUUAAGCCUUUAGACGAGGCCUAUGAGCUGGCCACGCAGUUCCUAAGUAAAAUGGAUCCCAUCGAGGAAUCUUAUCACUGCUUGAUAAAUGUUGCAGAUUUUUUAAGCCUACAAAAAUCGCACCGGCAUUUUGUUAGUGACUACGGGUAGCCGACCACUCGUUGUCAUUGACGGGAAUAAAAAGUGUAUAAAAUAAUAAACGGAAUGGUUAACGGUCCGCGCAUUUAUAUCGAACGUACGCUUUUGCAUAUCGAUGCGCGCACAAAGUUUGACGUUCUAAUACGUACUAUGCAUGAUUGCAAAUUGUGAAAGUAUAAAACAUUACAUGAAAGUGUAGCCUGUAUUAUUAAAUGUAUAAUAAUUACUCGAUAAGAAAUGAGACAAUAAAUAUAAUUUUGCUAAA